AAAUCCACCUCAUUUUCUUUUAAAUUUUCCUCUGGACUCAUCCCCAGUUGUCUCUGGUUCUCUAACCAGAUGAUGAAGUGAGCUCUAUUAUUGUAAUACCCCCUUAGACACCCCGUUAACCACUUUCGUAGAAAUAGAAUGGACUCUAUCAUGAUGCAAAAGUUUCAAGCCAUCAAGAAAUCCAAGAAGUGUAAGAAGCAGCAGCUUCUUGACAAAUUUUUUCUCUACACCUUCGUAGCAUUUACUGGUAGUGUAAUCUGUUCCAGCCCUUUUUGGUUUCCCUACUUGUGUUCCUCAAUGAAGGGCUUUCUCUUCAUCUCUCUACCAAAGAUGAGUUCAAUCUUAUACAGCCCCAAGCUUUUGUUCCUCGUAGGCAACCUUAUUGUUGUUCUUCUCAUUGGAGAAUCCAGGUUUUUGGCUUCAGGCUCUUCUCUUCCAGGGGAUGCGUACUAUGAUGAGUACGUUGAUCGAAGUCGAAGCCUUCGAAAUUCUUCCACCCUGGAACUCAAGAAAGAGCAGAAAAUGAAACCUUCUGAUCAAGAGAAUUUGAAGUGGACUUGCCAAGUUGGAGGCAAAGUGGUGUCAGUAAGGGGAAGACUGGUUGAGGAAAUUAAAGAAGUAAAGAGGGGAAAACAAGCUUUGGGAGGAGAACAUGAGCUUAUUUUGCCUACUGAAGAAUUGAAGAAAAGGGCUGAUGAUUUCAUUGCAAGGGUCAACAGGCAAAGGAAGCUUGAAGCGAGAUUACUACUUAAUUAGUAGCAGGGAAUAAGGGGAAAGAGAAUUAUGCAAAUAUAUAAUAUGGGGCACAGAAGAAAAUUAAACCACUUUUAUACCUGGAACCAUGACAAGCUAUAUUAGCUUUUUAGUAUUUAAUUUUCUUAAAUGAACCUCCAAGAUGUACUUUCUUUUCUGUAACUUACUGGAGCUGAUGCUGGUUUUUAUCUCUUGUAUAGAGGAAAGUAUAGUUACCAGUAUAGUCUCUUACUCACAUGAACUUGAUCCAAAUUCUGGCUUUGAAA